AAAUUUCUCCCUCACUAACUUUUGUCAUUUCGUAGCGCUCAGUUCACUUCAAUCGAAAUCCGGCAGAAUGGCGAGCAAAAAAUUAGGAAUGGACGUCGUGAAGCAGAUAUGCGAGUACGCUAGUGGUACCAAUGGAUUUGAUAGGGUCCUGAGAAUGAUUAAAAUCACAGGAGGUGGCGAUGGCCGUGCAUUGGGAGAGUUUACUGUAGCCGCUGAGCACUUGAAUCGGCAAGGGACUCUUCAUGGCGGUCUGACGGCCACAAUUGUUGAUAAUUGUACUUCGUACGCCUUGAUUUCCAAGGGAUCCCAUCCCGGGGUUACGGCAAAUUUGAAUGUCACCUAUCUUGCUCCGGCUAAUCUUGGGGAUGUCCUUGAGAUAGAUUGUAAUACUGUGCGGGCCGGUAAGAAAAUGGCCUAUUUGGAUUGCAUUCUUAGGCGCAAAACCGAUGGCAAGAUCAUUGCCAUGGGAGGCCAAGUGAAGUACAUUCAAUUUGACAAGGAAAAGCUAGACUUUUAAAAUAAUUUGCAGGCAUUAGGUUGAAUUAAAUAACUAUUUGAUCUAUUUUUGCUUAAUUUUAUUAAGAUUAUCCAAAGUUGUGGUCUUAAUAUAAAGAAAUAAAUUACUGCGAUAUUGUUAUAAAA